AUGGAGCAGUCUCGAGUUUUGCCACCGUUCAAGUGCAGCGAUAUCGACAAAGGAAAACUACAGAGAGAAUGGGUAAUCUGGAAGCGAUCGCUCGAGUGCUAUUUCGAAUCCGAAGAUAUUAGCGACCAGAAGAAAAAGCGGUCAAAGCUGUUGCACUUUGGCGGACCUCAACUGCAAGCUCUUUUUCAGAAUUUACCUGACGUGGAAAAGUUUUCCUAUGUAACUCCCGAAAAGCAAUAUUACAAUGUUGUCAUUCAAGCUUUUGAUGACUUCUUCAAGCCAGGGCGACAAGAUGUAUUAGAACGGCACAAACUGAGACGUCUGAAGCAGCUUCAAGGAGAACGGUUUGCAGAGUUUGUUGUAAGGGUGCGACAGCAAAUCGGUGAAUGUGGCUUAGAAAAAUAUCCGGAAAAAGUCCGAGGUAUUCUAUUUGACAUAAUGUUAGUUGAUACGAUUGCGGAGGGAUGUCGCUCCGAGGAGCUACGAAAGCGUAUUUUUCAAAAAGACCGCUCUGUGGAGGAGAUCGAGAAAUUCGGAAAGUCCCUGGAAGAAGUGGAACAACAAAUCAAGAUUAUCGGAACAACUGAUGAAGAAGAAAAUGUAGCAGGACGUGUGUAUAAAAUUCAAACCUACAAGGAGAAAAAAUACUCAUCGGCAACAGAGGGCAAAUUCCGAAAAACUAACGACCAAUACAAGUGCUUCAAACGUGGGUUCAGUGGACACAUUUCUUCGGACACAAGAUGCCCGGCACGAGGUAGGGUAUGCAACCACUGCAAGCGAGUAGGACAUUUCGAGUCCCAGUGUCGUAUUCGGAAGUCUCUAUCCGUGGUUCAAGAACAAAAUCGAGGAAAGCCAAAAAGAAUACGCACCGUAGAAGCCAAUGAUGCGGACGAACACAGGUCAACAGGAAAUGUUUGUUCGGUAGCGACAGCGAACGCGGAAGAUUCCAAGAGAACAUAUUACGCAUUUUACUCUGGGAAUAACUCGAAUAUGAUCAAAUGUGUGGUAGGUGGAAUAAAUCUGGAGAUGUUGGUGGACUCAGGAGCGGAAGUUAACUUGGUAUCCGAACUGGCUUGGGAGAGGCUGAAAGCGGAAGGUAUUCGUAUUAAAAGUUCAGAGAGAGGAAGUAUGCAUGUAUUGAAAGGAUACGCUAGCGAUCAGCCUAUGACCAUUUUGGCGGCCAGCGCUGUCUUCCUUGGUGAUACUACGGCCAAGGAACUUGGGGUGCUCAAGAUUGGAGUAAACAUCAAUCAAAUAGAUGAGAAAAUUGAGACACUAUCCAAGAUAAAUGAUUUACAAAUUCAUAUCCACAUGAAUCAAACUUUGAAGUCAGUUUUUCAACCGGUGAGAAAACUGCCGGUAGCUUUGGAAGACGCAGUCAAUCGAAAAUUGGACGAGUUAAUGCGUAGGGACAUUAUAGAGGAAAAGAAAGGUCCAACGAGUUGGGUGUCUCCUCUUGUAGUCGUCGGCAAGGCAAACGGCGAGCCCAGAAUCUGUUUGGACUUGCGCAGAGUGAAUGCGGCAGUUCUUCGGGAAAGGCAUCCUAUGCCGUCAAUCGAUGAUUUUCUGGCGCGAGUCGGUCGUGAUAUGAUUCGGAGCAAGCUUGACAUAAUGGAUUCGUUUUUACAACUUGAACUGGAUGAAGAGUCUCGUGAUAUUACGACAUUUAUUACAAACCGAGGGAUUUUACGCUUCAAGCGAAUGCCGUUCGGAUUAGUUACGGCGCCAGAGAUAUUCCAAAAGACUAUGGACUCUAUCUUGGCUGGUUGUGAUGGGGCUGAUGACAUUUAUAUCGAAGGAAAGGACGAUGCGCAGCAUGAUGCUCGAUUAAAUCAGGUACUUCUCAGACUGAAGAAGCGAAACGUUCAACUCAAUUGGAAAAAAUGCGUCAUUGGGGUAACUGAGCUCGAAUUUUUGGGACACAAAAUUAUGAAAGUGGGAAUUAGUCCUUCGAAUGCAAAGAUAGAGGCUUUAUUAUCAUUCAGGAAGCCAGAAAACCCUAACGAAACACGUAGUUUCCUUGGGUUAGCUAACUACCUGAAUCGUUAUAUCCCUAAUUUGGCUUCUAUUGACAAACCUUUGAGAGAAUUAACUAAAAAGGGAGUCAUCUUCAAGUGGGAAGGAAAACAGGAUGAAGCAUUUCAAAAUAUUAAAAAGGCGAUGACCGAAUCUGCGGCACUUGGUUUCUUUAACGUACGCGAUCGUACACUCGUGAUGGCGGAUGCUAGUCCGUCUGCACUGGGAGCCAUACUCGUACAAGUGAAUAGGGAAGGAGAGCAUCGAAUAAUAAGCUACGCAUCGAAAUCGUUAACCGAGACAGAACGGCGAUACUGUCGCACCGAGAAGGAAGCCCUGAGCCUGGUUUGGAGCGUGGAGAAAUUUUAUAUCUAUCUCUACGGAAAGGUUUUUGAGUUGCUAACUGACUGUAAGGCGUUGGUCUAUCUCUUCACUCAUCGUUCUAGACCAUGCGCUAGAAUCGAGCGAUGGGUUCUUCGACUUCAGAGCUUUGAAUACGUUAUUACGUAUAUUCCUGGAGAUCAAAACAUUGCAGAUGUGCUAUCUCGACUGACAACUCUGCGACCCGUAGCGUUUGAUGAAUUGGAGGAGGUAAUGGUUAAAGAGAUUGCGAAUAUGUCUGCAAGCGCGGUGGCCAUUGAGUGGAAAGAAUUAGUUGAAGCCACUAAUCUAGAUCCAGAACUACAACAUGUAAUCAAGAGUCUUCAGAAUAACAGUCACGAUGAAAUGCCAAUCGAUUUCCGUAUUUUUGCGAAUGAGUUAUGCUGUGUUGGAGAAGUUUUAUUGCGAAUAGAUCGUGUGGUAGUUCCAGUUAAGCUGCGUGAUCGCGUGUUGGAGAUUGCACAUGAAGGACAUUUGGGCAUACGGAUGAUGAAGACCUUUUUACGAGCAGUAACCUGGUGGCCAAAAAUGGACAAGCAUAUUGAGAUGUUUGUGAGAAAAUGUCAACCCUGUACCCUGGUUGCUGCACCCGACCCACCGGAGCCUAUGAUCCGUAAACAGUUACCGACAAGCCCUUGGGAGGAAAUAGCAAUAGACUUUUUGGGGCCACUGCCGGAAGGUCAGUAUUUAUUAGUAGCCGUUGACUAUUAUAGUCGCUAUGUCGAAGUGGCUGAAAUGACAUCGAUUACAACAAAGGAUACAGUGGUCGAGUUGGCGACCAUGUUCAGCAGAUAUGGUAUUCCUCGGGUUAUGAGAGCUGACAAUGGACCUCAGCUCAGCGGUGAUUGCGUGGAGUUUCGACAGUUCUGUAAAGAAUUUGGGAUCGAUUUAGUAAACACCACACCAUACUGGCCACAAGCUAACGGCGAAGUGGAGCGUCAAAAUCGUACUAUUCUCAAACGAUUACGUAUCGCUCAGGAAUUGUGGCAGAAUUGGCGUAUGGAAUUACGGAAAUUCUUGUUGGCAUAUCACGCUACUGACCACUCUAUUACAGGAAAGUCACCCUCGGAGAUGAUGUUCGUACGGCGCAUAAGAAGAAAAUUACCGGCAGUGCCUGCUAUUAUGCGUAACGAUGCUGAUACAAGGGAUCGUGAUCGUUUGUUUAAAGCGAAGGGAAAGAUGUACGCAGAUGCAAGACGGAAGGCCCGCACAAAUCCGGUGGCGGUAGGCGAUAAGGUUUUUGUUAAACGAACGAUAAAGGAUAACAAGCUAUCAACAGAUUUCUCGCCGGAACAUUUUGAAGUAACUGACAGACAGGGUUCGGAAGUGACCCUACGUUCGACUGUAUCGGGUAAAAGACUAAAACGUAAUGUAGUGCAUCUCAAAAAGGCUGAGACUGGACAAGAAUCGGUGUCGUCAAGUGGCUCGAGUGAAGAAGAGGGCGAGCUACAGAAUAAAGAAUUGUUAUCGGAGGACCUCGCGGAGAAUGAUCGAUGUACCUAUAUCUACAAAACGGUUGAGAGUUCAGCCGAAGAAUUUUAA